AUGGCGCGGCCGAAAUCAAAGGCCCUGCGUCGAGUUCUUUCUCCGUUUUCCGUUGCAUUUGCUUUCAACACUGAGGUUGAUGUGGUUCUCCUUAGGACGGGUUUAAAUAUUUCCGCCAGGCUUCGUCUGGCUACACUUACGCAUGUCUGGCCAAGGCUAACAGCUCUGGGUGGCAGGAGUAUAUGGUCUAUUCAACUGACAAUGGCCCUAGAUGAUCCAAAGGUUUGUGUCGACUUCAAAUGUCUCGCGGCUGAUCUUAUUUUUCUGGCGUCCUACAACGCAGAAGGGUACUGUGAUGCCUCUUAUGACGACAUUCCUGUGUCUGCCGAGGGCUUCCAGUCAUAG